AGCAAUGGAGAAAAGAGAAGACCUUGAGACGAUCUUACCUUACUUGCCGUUAAAGGUUCAAGAUUCGUCUCUGUCUUGGCCAUCACCGCACUUGGUGGAGGUUCUAGAAGCUAUGACCAAAGGACCGAGUCACAGCAGAGUCGAUUCGGGACAAACUCUCUUUGAUUCCAUCUCUGACAUGAGGCAAGCUCUCUCUUUGACUUGUUAUCUUUCUUCUUCAGCACUUCAAGGCUACGCUCUCUACUUUGACGAGAGAAUGUCGAAAGAAGAAUCAAGCAGAUGGUUUAACGAGGUUUUACCUGCAAUGGCUUGUCUUCUUCUAAGAUUCCCAUCUCUCUUGGAAUUACACUAUCUAAAUUCAGACAAUCUCAUCAGUGGAACCAAAACCGGUCUUCGUGUCUUAGGCCCCAAGAAAGCUGGCAUUGUGUUCCUCAGCCAGGAACUCAUAGGAGCACUGCUUUCAUGUUCUUUCUUCUGUUUGUUCCCUGUCGAUAACAGAGGCUCGAACCAUCUUCCAAUCAUCAAUUUCGACAAACUAUUCGGAAGUCUGAUCAACACAGGACGAAAUGAUCAUCAAGAGAACAAGAUAAAAUGCAUAACGCAUUACUUCCAGAGGCUAUCUUCAUGUAUCCCUCCUGGAUUCGUCUCAUUCGAAAGAAAGGUUCUCUCUUUAGAACAAGAUACUUCUGGUCUCGAAGCUUGUCUGCUUGAUGAACGCUUUUGGAGAAACUCUACUGUCAAACUCUGCCCUGUUGAGGUUCAUACUUGUGGUUUGAUAGAGGAUCAAAGCGUUGAAGCUCUUGAAGUUGACUUUGCUAACAAGAACUUAGGAGGAGGUGCUCUUCGUAAGGGAUGUGUCCAGGAAGAGAUUAGAUUCAUGAUCAACCCCGAACUGAUCGUUGGUAUGUUCUUCUUACCAACCAUGGAAGUAAAUGAAGCUAUUGAAGUUGUUGGUGCACAAAGAUUCUCUCAUUACACAGGAUAUUCAUCUUCGUUUCGGUUUUCCGGUGACUACAUUGAUACAAAGGAUACAGAUGUUUUCGGAAGGCGAAAAACGAGAAUAGUAGCCAUCGAUGCUCUGCGUCACCCUGGAGUCUCUCAAUACAAACCUGAAUCACUCCUCAGGGAAACCAAUAAGGCUCUCUGUGGUUUCCUCCACGUCUGCAAAAAUCAGAGCAACGCGCAGUGCAUAGAUCAUGAAGAUGGAGUCGGUGUUGCUACAGGGAAUUGGGGAUGUGGUGCUUAUGGUGGAGAUCCUGAGCUCAAGUCUCUUCUUCAAUGGCUUGCUGUUUCACAGGCAGGAAGACCUUACAUGUCUUACUACACUUUUGGAUUUGAAGCACUCCAUAAUCUAAAUCAGGUAACGGAAUUGGUUGUAUCUAAAGGAUGGACUGUGGGAGAUCUAUGGAGGAAGCUGGUCAAGUAUUCGAACCAGAGGUUGAAAAACAAGAAAAGAAGAGAGCCUAAACUUGGUUUAUUUGAUUGGCUUAUUUCAAUCAAAUCUGCUUAACAGUACUAUUGACUCAAAACAGUUGUGUUGAAGCAACAAAUCUCAGUCUGGUUUCACUUUUCAGACAGAGAAAUAUCAUUUGUAUUGCGGAGUGAAGUAUAAAUGAAAUAAAAGGCAGUGAAAUAAAUACAA